CCAUUUCUCACUGCUCGGUUUGUUAGCUUGUUCAAAUUAUGGGCGAACCAGCUUCCAUAAAAACCUCGUCUGCUCUAAACCACGCAAAGAUGACAAUGGGGAAUGAGUCCCCAGUGGCAUGGUGUGACGCUUUGGAAAAAGAUUUCGAUAAGGCAUUCGUUUCAUUGGAUUUGCUUCUUGGGGAGAUUGACAGCGAUCAGGUUGAAAUAACAUAUGAAGGACGCCAGAAGAUGACGUCCCUUAGCGGCAGUUUUGCUCAACUGAUGCAUAAAGCCCAAUCGAUGCAUCAUGCAUUAUCCAGAUAUGAGAAGGAAGUCAGCAUAUUGCGAAGGGAUCUGAUUGAGGCCCGUGCCGAUCGUGAUGCAAUGGAGAAAGAAAUGCAACAAUUGAUGUUACAGGUACACAGCCUUCAAUGUCAACUUCACGCUAAAACAGCACCGCAUGAAUCCGACAUGAUCAAGAAGAAAUUAGAUUCACAACUCGGCCAGCUGCACGAAGUGCUAAUGCCAUCUUUACGGACAGAGUGUGAGCUAGAAGUUUUGCGAAAGGAAAGUGACCGGCAACGGCAUUUGAUUGGAGCCUUGGAGACAGAGGUGUUUGGAGCGCGACUAGCGGCGAAGUAUCUGGACAAGGAAUUAGCCGGCAGAAUUCAGCAAAUUCAAUUGCUUGGACGAAAUAUGCGCGGCGUCGAACACGAUCGACUCUGGAACCAGCUAGAAGCCGAAAUCCAUCUGCACCGACAUAAAACAGUGAUUCGAGCAUGUCGGGGACGAGGUCAAACAAAAGGACUUCCAACACCACCUAUCAAUGACAUCGACCAAGCUAAACGAAGGAGAGGAGUUGGUGAAACACGAAAAGUUGUAUUGUCAAAGCAACCACAUGAAGGUCUAGGAAUAUCUAUUACGGGUGGAUCUGAGCAUGCCCUUCCUAUUGUAAUUUCCGAAAUUCAACCUGGACAGCCGGCUCAUAGAUGCGGGCAAAUCUUUGUUGGCGAUGCAAUCCUUUCCGUAAAUGGCUACGAUUUGCGCAAUGCUAAACACCAGCAGGCUGUAGAUAUAUUGAGUUCACAGCAAGGAGAUCUGCACAUGGAAGUUGUUUACGUGGCACCUGAUGAGGAUUCCGAUGAUGAUGGUACGGUACUGAUUGAAGAUGCCGACGGUAGAAUCUACAACAUGUACAACAAUUCCGUUGAAGAACCGUCUUCAAGUCGUUCGUCUACAGCCGGGUCGCAUCAGAAUUCAGAAUGACACUCUACAUAGCUUGUCCAAAAAUAGUCCUGCUUUUUCGAUCUCCUUCGCUCAUCUUCCAUGCAAGCGGCUUCUUGCCUGCAGUCUCUUUCACUUCAGGAGCUAAAACUAAUAUUUUGUGACGAGAAGUUGAUCUCGCCCUCAGCUUUCCGGUGUUCCCGUUCAGUAUCCAUAGCCAUUACGAUUCGGUUCUUCUCCUUUUCCCCCACUGUCGCCAUAGUUUUUCGUUAUGCCUGGUGAUUGAUGGUGCCACACAAGUGCUCUCUGUCUUAUUUCAAUUUUUUUUUCUUGAGUCUGUACAUAAUUGUUCUGCAUUUUAGUUCUCACUGUCACGUACAAUUUACGGUGCUAUAUAUAAGCGAAAGUUAUUGAUGUCUUAUAAAGG